AUGCGCAUCUUCCUUCUUGCAGGUUUAAUAGGAUUAGCGCUAGGAUCAGGCAGCCUGUUAGAUUCUCUGCGUUAUAACCCUAACUUCAAAGACCAGAUAUUCUUAUGGAGAAGUUUACGUCCGAAGCCAAAAUGGAAUACCACCACAACCAUAAAGCUAACGACAAGAGAACAGCCAACAACAUCAGUAGACGCAACUAUACAAUUUACUACUGUAAAGUCUGAAGAGCGCACAACAUUGGAGCCUGAAGAAGGUACAACCAUAGAGCAUAAGGAAUCUACGACCAUGGAGCCUGAAGAGCCACUAACCAGGGAACCUGAAGAGCCAAUAACCAAAGAACCUGAACAACCAGCAACCAAAGAAGCUGAAGAGAACACUACCAUGGAGCCUGAAGAGAUCACAACCGUGCAGCCUGAAGAGCCCACAACCAUGGAACCUGAAGAAUAUACAACCAUGGAAUCUGAACAGCGCACAACUACGGAGCCUGAAGAGGUCACAACAGUGGAACCUGAACAGCGCACAACUAUGGAGCUUAAAGAGUUCACAACAGUGCAACCUGAAAAGCGCACAACCAUAAAGCCUGAAGAAACAUCAACCAUGGAACCUGGAGAACCCACAACCAUGGAACCUGAACAACACACAACUAUGGAGCCUGAUGAGUUCACAACCGUGGAACCUAAACAGCGCAAAACUAUGGAGCCUGAAGAGUUCACAACCGUGGAACCUGAACACCGCACAACAAUGGAGCCUAAAGAGUCCACAACCGUGCGGCCUGAGGAGCCCACAACCAUGGAACCUGAAGAGCCC